AUGCAUGCAAAGCUCAUGAGUAGUCAAAUUCUCUUUACCGCAUUAUUACUAAUAUCAAUCAUUUGUGAAGUUGGCUGUAUAGUGAAUUUUUUGGAUUUUUUUAAAAAGUUUGAGGAAGAUUUAGGGCAAAAUAAGUUAAUUACUGAUCAAUGUAGUACUACUAAACAAGAAGAAAAAUUGAAAUGUUAUUGGGGAAUUCUAGAAAAUGAGUUAAUUCACUUACUGAGAGCAGCAAAGAGUGAUAGUUAUGGUAUAUUUGGUUUUAAUGGCACCACUAAAACUCUCAUUUUCCUAAGAAGAUUAAUUGAUUUAACCAGUAAAACCCCAAAAUUAAAAACAAAUAAGAGAUUUGAAGCAUAUCAGAAUCAUCAAUAUUUAAAUAACUCAUUAAUUGAUGCUCAUGAUAUUAGGUGGUAUAAUUACUAUGAGCUCGAGGAUGUUGAAAGAAUAGUGAAUAGGCUUGCUAAUUUAGAUUUAGUUAAUUAUGGUAUAGUGAAUUUUAGAAAUGAAAACAGUCCUUUUGGAAACAAUUCAAAGAAAUUGACUAUUAAGUUAAUUAUCCUGUCUAUUCUUUACAAACAGUAUUCCAUGGAUAAAUUAAACUACAAAAAAACAAUCAAAGAUAAUCAUUCACAAAAAAAUUAUACCAGGAAUCUAUUAAAAGCUUUUAAUACAGAAAUGGCCAUACUAGAGCAAGAUAUUGGGAGUUUGAUUAAGAAAUCGGAAGUUUAUAGGGAAAAAAAGAAAACAAUGAACAGUUUUAUUAAAAAACUUACAUUUUUAAUGAAAUAUAUUAAAUCAGAAAUAAUAAUAUUUUUAGAUAAAACAAGCAAUUUAUUUGAUAGUAUUAAAAAAAAAUUAUAUUCCCGAAUUUUGAAUUAUUAUUUAUGGUUAAUCAUACUGGCAAAGUUAUUCUUUAUAUUCUCAAGAAAAUUAAUAUCAAUGAUCUUACUUUUUGAUCACAUAAUAAUAUUUAUAUUGGAUAACUUUGAAGAUUACUUAUUUAUGUUAAUAAGUCUACAAUUUACAUUUGAAAUGGCUUUUACUUUUAUUCAAGAAAUAUAUUCAGCAUUAAUAAGCUUAAAUUGA